UAGUGAACUGCAAUUUUUAUCGGAUAAUGCUUGUACUCGGAAUUUUAUGUUUAUAUGCAAUCUUUAAUACUAAUCCGUUUAUUUUGUUAUUUCUGUUCUUCUAUAUACCUAAACAUUUUUCUAUGUUACUAUGACGGAAGAUAUCACGUUAGUUCGGAAUUUCAAUGUGCCAGAAACAAGGACCAAGAACAGGAAGUUUUGACCUGGAUCACUCAAGUCUUGGGUGAGCCAUUGCCCAACGGCGCGUACGAAGAUAUACUCAAGGAUGGCGUCGUGUUGUGCAAACUCAUUAACAAACUCUCCCCGGGAUCGGUGAAGAAAAUUCAAGAAAGGGGAACCAACUUCCAGCUUAUGGAAAACAUUCAAAGAUUCCAGGCCGCCAUUAAGAAGUAUGGAGUGCCAGAGGAAGAAAUCUUCCAGACUGCUGAUCUUUUCGAACGACGCAACAUUCCUCAAGUAACCCUUUGCUUAUAUGCAUUGGGUAGAAUUACUCAGAAGCACCCGGAAUGGACUGGACCACAACUCGGCCCCAAGAUGGCGGACAAGAAUGAACGCACAUUCACCGAGGAACAACUGAGGGCACACAACGCUGAACUUAACCUCCAAAUGGGUUACAACAAGGGCGCCUCGCAGGCCGGUCUGGGUUCAUUUGGCAACACUCGCCAUAUGUAAUUACAUUAGUCUAAGUGUGGAGAGCAGUGGAAUCUUUAAAACAUCAACAAAAUUUUGACAUUUACGUAAUGUUUUGGCGGACUUUUUGACAGCUAUGAAUAAAAGAGCAGGAAAUUAUUUGUUAUGUUUCUAAAGAUCGUUUCUAUGUUGGGUACAUGAGACCAAUGCCGAUUUAUUCGGAAAGUCAGUAUUUCUAUUUAUUUUUUAUUUUUAUAUGCUUGAUAAGGUUUUAUUUAUGUGGAAUUGAGAAUUUUCUUCAAAAUUGUUAACCCUGAUGUGAUAAUGUCAAAAUCUGUACGAUAUGAUUUUAUUUAAUGUAGUAAAAUAAAGUUAGCAUAUAAAUCAAAUAACAAUAAUAUUGAUUUACAGUAAACAAUACUAAGGAUUUAACUUAUUUUUAUUAAUAAGUAACUGUUAAAU